GACACAAAUAUAUCACAAUAUACUUCUAUUAAUUAAAGCCUUAACAAUGAGGCAACUUUGUCGCACAUUACUGGCCUCGGCUGAUUUUACGUACCUAAAAUGAUAUAUUACCCAAUAAUUUAAUUAAGAAAUAGGCCAAUCAAUAAAAUUAAAUUGAAUCUUUGACUGUGUUUAAUAAAUAUUAAUAACAUUUGCAACAUUCUCAUGAUUCUGAGCUAGCUACUUGUCUAGGAUUACUAUCUUUCUAAAAUCUUGAAUCUAGGCAUAGAAAUGCAUCUGCCCAAGUAUACUUUGCCUCUAAGUAUCAUUGGAACCAUAGCUGGUGGUACUGUUCUAUUGAAGGACUACAUGGGAGGACCAAGGUACAAAGGUGAAGAGAGAAUAGCUGGAAAAACUGUAAUUAUUACUGGUGCCAACACUGGAAUAGGGAAAGAGACAGCCAGAGAACUCGCACGCAGAGGUGGGAGAAUUAUAAUGGCCUGCAGGGAUAUUGAAAAGUGUGAAAAAGUGAGGCAAGAAUUCAUAUUAGAAACAGCCAACCACAACAUUGAAUGUCGGAAACUAGACCUGGCCUCCAUUGGGUCUAUUCGAGCUUUCUGCAAAGGCAUACAUGCAUCUGAGAGGCAUCUCGACAUCCUGAUCAACAAUGCUGGUGUGAUGAUGUGUCCCAAAAUGUUGACUGAAGACGGUUUUGAAAUGCAGCUUGGUGUUAAUCAUUUAGGUCACUUUCUCCUCACCUAUUUACUGUUGGAUAAAUUGAAAGCCUCAGCCCCAAGCCGGAUCAUUAUAGUAUCAAGCCUUGCACAUAAGAGGGGUAGCAUCAAUUUUGAUGACCUUAACAGUGCAAACUCCUACGACAAACAUGAGGCAUACAAACAAAGCAAACUAGCAAACCUGUUGCACCAGAAAGAGCUUGUCAGUCGAUUAGAAGGGACUGGUGUAACAGUGAACAGUUUACAUCCUGGUAUAGUUGCAACAGAGCUGGGACGGCAUCUCCCAAUAACAAAAUCUUCCUUCUCUAGUUUUCUACUUUUCCCAAUUAAAUUUAUUCUAAUGAAAACCCCAAUACAAGGCGCUCAAACAACUUUACGGUUAGCACUAGACCCAGCAUUAGAAACUGUUACAGGAAAAUAUUUUAGUGAUUGUAAAGAGUUACCUCCUGCAUCUCAAGCACUAGAUGACGUGGCAGCCAAGCGACUGUGGGCUGUCAGUGAAGCCUGGACCAGAGCAAAUGUUCCAUAACUAAGACUGUACUUGUUUAGUUUUUGUAGUGUUAAUUGUCAAAUAACAUUCUAGAUUAAUCAACUUAUUUAUGAAGCAUGUGAUUUUAAUUUUUAAAAUUAUAUGUUAUGCUACACUCUUGACUGUUCUAUGCAAAGAAUUUUGUAUUACGACAUUGCAAAAUACCAGACAUGUACAAAAUAAAGUAAUAAGAAUAAAAUAUUUUAAAACAUGCAACAAAAAACAUUAAAUUUUUGUGAAAGCAUGGUUUAUUAUAUCCAUGAAAAAAAAAAGGCAAAUGUGCAUUGUCUAGUAAAACAAAUACCACCACUGCUGGCUACUUUUCUUUAUAAAUGUCAAUCAAGAAAUGUAAUGCGGUUAUUUCUUUGUUUAUUGCAGUUCACCAUUCUUUGCCUCAACUGCUGGUUUCAAAUGUUUUCAGCGUUAAAUUAAAAUUAACUUAUAAAAUGUAGAUAAGGUCGUGAACUUGGCCAUUUUGAAAGGAAAAUAUUGGUUUUUAGAAUAUGAUUUCCAAGGACUAAGUAAUAAUUAACCACAUUUAGAGUCAAUAAGUUUUUAGUAAGAUGUUUACGAAUGUAGACCUCUAGCAGAAAUAAAA